AUGACUGGAAAGCUAACAGUAUCGGUUCAUGAUGAUGUUCAUAAUCAGAAUGCUGACGAUAUUCAGUACGAUUUAUGGCGCAUUAAUGAUAAUUCAAAUCGUGUUAAUAUUAAACACGAUACAAUAAUAGCCAAUAGUAAUCCACAUGUAUUGGUUCAAGCAAAUACAGUGGAUGAACUCGGUUUGUUUGAAAUCAUUCUUUAUAUUAAAGAUUAUUUUGAAAGUUUUAAUGAAAACAUUCACGUACAAGAUAGUCGAAUAAUUAUUGCAUUCGGUAUGAACAACCUCAAUCGAGAUCAUCAUUUACGCAUUUUUAUCAGACCAGAUCGUUAUUGGUGUACUCUCUAG